AUGGUGUUUGGAAGUAAAAACGAUUCAGCAGUGCAGGAGAAAGGCAUGAGUUCUCCUUAUGACACCAACGGAGAAGUCAAGAGUGAAAUCUCGCAACAUGCAGAGGAAUAUGAUCUUUACGUGGCCAAAUCUACACCUUCUGCCAUUAUACAUUCAGAUGGGCACAAAUUGAGAAAAUCACUAGACCCAAGACAUGUCAGUAUGAUUGCCAUUGGUGGUGCUUUAGGGUAUGUUUAUGAAAAACUUUUGAGAGAACCGCUGGAGAAGAAGAAAACCAAAAAGAAGAAGAAGAAGAACCAGAACCAGAACCAGAACCAGAACCAAUGGAAAAUAUGCCAAAUGUCACAUCGGAAUAAUUCCCAACGGAAAGAGACGAAAAAAAAAAGAAAAAAAAAAAAACAGAAAAUAUGACACAAACUUGUCUCUCUCCAAUUUGUGGAGUUGUCUCACGUGACUCCAGCCCUCUUUGCAACAUCUUACUAACAUACCUUUUUUUUUUUACAAAACAGAACUGGGUUAUUGAUUGGUACAGGAAGUGCCUUGAAAACAGCCGGUCCCGGUGCGAUUCUCGUCUCAUAUGGUAUCAUUGGCUUUGUUGUCUACAUUGUCAUGUGCGCCUUGGGCGAAAUCUCGAGUUUCGUACCUUUGAAUGGAUUCGCCAACUACGGUAAGCGUUAUUGUGACGAGGCAUUGGGUUUCGCGUGUGGCUACAUUUACUUGAUCAAGUAUUUGAUCUUGCCUGCAAAUCAGUUGACCGCAGGUGCCCUCACUAUGCAAUACUGGGUUGAUCGUGAAAAAGUUAACCCGGGUGUUUGGAUUACGAUUUUCCUUCUUGUCAUUUUAGCCGUCAACUUGCUUGGGAUUCGCUUCUUUGGUGAAAUCGAGUUCUGGCUUAGUUCAUUGAAAGUCGUCACCUGUUUGGGGUUGAUCAUUUUGCUCAUGAUUAUCGCGUUGGGCGGAGCUCCACAUCAAGAGAGACUCGGGUUCCGCUACUGGAAAGAUCCCGGUGCGUUUAUCCCCUACCUGAAUUCAGCGAGAGACAUCCACAUUGAUGGAUCCAAGGGGAAAUUUGUCUCCUUUGUUUCCGUGCUUGUCACCUCUGUUUUCGCUUAUUUGGGCACCGAGCUUGUUAGUGUUGCUUUUUCCGAAACUAGACAACCGAGGGUGUCGAUCCCCAAAGCCAUCAAGUUGACCCUUUGGAGAAUUCUCAUCUUUUACAUCUUGUCGAUCCUUUUCGUGGGAAUGGCAGUCUCAGCUAGAGAUCCAUUGUUGCUCAGUGCUAAAGGUACCAAUGCCGGCGCUUCGCCAUUCGUCAUUGCCAUUAAAAACGCCAGAAUCCAAGGCUUGGACUCCGUGAUCAACGCGUGUAUCUUGUUGUUCGUCUUGUCUGCUGCCAACUCAGACAUGUACGUUUGUUCAAGAACACUUUACUCGUUAGCUGCCGAUGGAUACGCACCAAAGCUCUUUACCAAGACAAACAAGUUGGGCGUGCCAUACUACGGUGUCGCAGUCUCGUUCUUGUUCAGCUUGCUCGCGUACAUGAAUGUCUCGAAUUCCAGUGCCACCGUGUUCACCGCGUUGGUCAACGUCGUCUCCCAGUGUGGGCUUUUGGCCUGGAUCUGCAUCUUGUUGUUCCACUUGGGGUUCAUGAGGGCUUUAAAAGCACAAGGCUACGACCGGAAAAAAGAUUUGGUGUACAAAUCGCCAUUGCAGCCAUAUGCCACCUAUUUCAGUUUGGCUAUUUGCAUUCUCAUUGUGUUUAUCAAGAACUUUACCGUUUUUUUGGGCCACAGUUUUGACUAUGUCAACUUUAUCACCGGCUACAUCAUCUUGCCUGUGUUUGUCAUCAUUUUCGUAGGCUACAAAUUGUUCUACAAGAGCAAGUGGUUGAAGCCAGAAGAGGUCGACUUGGACACGUUUAGAGACGUUGUUGAUGCUGAAUACGAACAGUAUUUGGUUGAAGAAGCCGAGAGAAAAGCAGUGAGGGACGCAGAAGGAAGGAAAUAUGACAAGGCAUGGUUCUAUGAAAAAUUCUUGGGAUGGAUAUUCUAA